CAUCAUUUGUGGAGGGUGUGCGUCACACCUUCAAGCAAACCGAAACUUUCUUACGUCAAAUCAAUGGAUAUAACCUAACAAAUCGCGAGUUACAUUAUAGAAUGUGAUUUCCUCCCACAAUUCCAUAUGGGUUAAGUGUUUAUGUGAAGUGAUAUUUGCCAAUAAUGUGAAUUAGUUCAGUGCAGUGGUUAUAAAAAACCAAGUUAUGAGCAUUCAAAAGUGUCUUUUGGAUAACUCCAGUAGAAUGAUAAAGGCAAUGUCAAAUGCGAAGUCGUCUAACAAUGAAGUUAAAACGGGCGUGCAAAGUGGUCUCAGGAAAAUUGGUCUGGCGAUGCUGACGCUGUCAAUACCGAUGAUUGAUGAUAAAAAGAAAAAAACCACACGUAGCUGGAUUGAAAGCACCUUCCAAAAACGCGAGUGUAAAUGCUUCGUUGCCAGCGCCAAGGACGAGCAUGUGUGUUGGUGUGGCCUAAGCAAGACCGCGCACGGUGCUAACAUCCCCAUUGGUCCCGUCGGUGAAGCAUGGGUGCCCAUAAAGCAUACUCAGCCAUCACCAACAGAUGCCUAUGGCACGGUCGAGUUCCAGGGAGGACCACACCCUACGAAGGCACAGUAUGUCCGUCUAUCACACGAUACACGACCGGAGCUAAUAGUCCAACUGCUCACACGAGAAUGGGCGUUAGAAAGGCCAAAACUGCUCAUCACCAUCCAGGGUGGGAAGGCCAACUUCGACCUUCAACCCAAGCUGAAGAAAGUAUUGAGGAAAGGUCUUCUGAAAGCGGCGAAGACCACAGGUGCCUGGAUAUUCACUGGUGGCACCAACACAGGUGUGACCCGGCAAGUCGGUGACGCUCUGCAGUUGGAGAGGUCACAGCGGGCUGGUCGCGUGGUCAGCAUUGGUAUAGCACCCUGGGGCAUCGUUGAGGGCGCUAAUGAACUCAUUGGCAGAGGAAGAGACGUCCCCUACCAUGCUAUGGCAUCCCCUAGAUCGAAACUAGCGGUGCUGAACAAUCGCCAUGCCUACUUCCUACUUGUGGACAAUGGAUCAGUUGGGAGAUAUGGAGCUGAGAUCGUAUUAAGAAGGAAACUAGAAAAGUACAUUGCUGCACAAAAACUUCAUCCGUAUACUCAUUCGUCGACACCAGUCGUGUGUUUAGUAAUAGAAGGUGGAACAAACACAGUACGCGCUGUGCUCGAAUACGUCACUGACACACCACCAGUUCCUGUUGUGGUGUGCGACGGAAGUGGACGAGCUGCAGACCUAAUAGCAUUCGUUCACAAGUACGCAUCAGAAACGGGGGAACAGACUGUCCUGGAGUCGAUGCGUGAUUACCUAAUAAGCACCAUACAGAAGACGUUCGAAGUGGGGCUGCAGCAAGCGGAGUGCUUAUACAGCGAACUACUACAGUGUACGCGAAAGAAGAAUCUGAUCACGGUUUUCCGUAUCCAAGAACGCGCAGAGGGUGGCGAAGUCCAGGAGCUAGAUCAGGUGAUAUUGACGGCAUUGUUCAGAGCUCAACACCUGUCACCAAGUGAGCAGCUAUCUCUUGCUCUUACUUGGAAUCGAGUGGACAUUGCAAGAUCUGAGAUCUUCGUAUACGGACAGGAAUGGCCUCGAGGUGCUCUCGACGAAGCCAUGAUGCAGGCUCUUGAACACGACAGGUUAGAUUUCGUGAAGUUGCUUCUGGAGAAUGGAGUGUCGAUGAGGAAAUUCCUGACCAUUCCACGUUUAGAAGAGCUUUAUAACACUAAAAGUGGUCCCAGUAAUACUCUGCAGUAUAUUUUGAGGGAUGUGAGACCCCAUUUGCCCAGAGGAUAUGUGUACACUCUGCAUGAUAUUGGGCUAGUCAUCAAUAAACUCAUGGGAGGAGCUUACAGGUGUUACUACACACGGCGCAAGUUUCGUCCCAUUUACGCGAAGGUGAUGAACAAGAGUGUGAAUGUUCACCGGAAUAGUGCUUCCUUCACCCGUCACAACGCUGGUGGCCUUUCGCUCAUCACCGGCUUCAUGCCUGUCACCACAGAGAUGGCGCUAUUCGACUAUCCUUUCAACGAACUUUUGAUGUGGGCAGUAUUGACAAAACGGCAUCAGAUGGCCUUACUAAUGUGGACGCACGGGGAGGAAGCUCUCGCCAAGUCCCUGGUAGCAUGUAAGCUUUACAAGGCCAUGGCUCAUGAGGCUGCUGAAGACGAUAUGGAGACGGAAGUGUAUGAGGAGCUACGCCAUUAUGGCAAGGAGUUUGAGACCAAAGCACUGGAAUUGUUAGAUUACUGUUAUCGACAAGACGAUGACCAAGCCCAGCAACUCCUUACAUGUGAACUCCAGAAUUGGUCAGGCCAGACGUGUCUAAGUCUAGCUGUAGCUGCUAACCACAGAGCGCUCCUGGCUCAUCCCUGUUCUCAAAUAAUUCUAGCUGAUCUGUGGAUGGGGGGCCUUCGAACCCGCAAGAACACCAACUUAAAGGUAAUACUGAGCCUGCUGUGUCCACUCUACAUACUCCAACUGGAGUUCAAGUCGAAGGAAGAGCUGCAGCUGAUGCCGCAGACUGAGGAGGAGCAUUUGGAAAACGAGAGUCUAGAGGAUGAUAGGAGCACCAAGGACCCGAAUGAUGCUGAGGUCGGGAUAAAACGGCGAACCCUGUCAAUAAAGAAGAUAAUACCUCCGGGACAGUUGGGUAAAGCGGAGAAGACACAGCAGGCGUUGAUUGGCUCAGGGGCCGAAUGCGAGACCCGUGUAGACCAAAAUGGGAAAGUUGGUAAAAUAGGCUGGGAACUGUCGUACAGGGAGCUUCCUGAAUAUCACGCGCCUGAAGACAAGAGGAUGAGACCUCUACGACUUAGGAAGAAAAUCUAUGAGUUUUUUACGGCGCCUAUUACAAAGUUCUGGGCGGAUUCGAUCGCAUACAUAUUGUUCCUACUGAUGUUUACAUAUACAGUAUUAGUCAAGAUGAGUCACACACCAUCUUGGCCUGAAAUUUAUUCUAUUUGUUAUAUUAUAACGUUCUUAUGUGAGAAAGUUAGGGAAAUUAUUACGUCCGAACCUGUUGCUAUUAGACAUAAGUUCAGUGUAUGGGCAUGGAACAUGUGGAAUACAUAUGACGCUGGUUUUAUAAUAUUCUUCCUCGUGGGCCUGACGCUGCGCCUGCGCCCCAGUUCUAUGGACGUUGGCCGAGUCAUAUAUUGUGUAGACAUUAUUUAUUGGUAUUUAAGGAUAUUGAAUAUUUUGGGCGUUAAUAAGUAUUUAGGUCCUCUAGUCACAAUGAUGGGAAAAAUGGUUAAGAAUAUGAUAUACUUCGUGGUGCUAUUACUAGUCGUAUUGAUGUCAUUUGGAGUGGCCAGACAAGCUAUUUUAUACCCAGAUAAAGAAGCCAGUUGGUAUUUAAUUAGAGAAAUAUUCUUCCAACCCUACUUCAUGUUGUAUGGCGAGGUAUUCGCUCCUGAUAUUGAUCCUCCUUGCGGAAUGGAUGUCGGUGACAGCAAGUGUGUCACUGGCCGGUGGAUCACUCCAAUUGCGAUGACCAUCUACCUUCUCGUCGCAAACAUCUUGCUCAUAAACCUUCUUAUAGCAGUGUUCAAUAAUAUUUUUAAUGAAGUCAAUGAAGUCUCGCACCAGGUGUGGAUGUUCCAAAGAUUCACAGUGGUAAUGGAGUACGAACAGAAGCCGGUACUACCACCUCCACUGAUAACGUUCUGUCAUAUUUACGCGACUUGCAAGUGGGUCACGAGGAAUGUGUCACACAAGAGGUUUCAGUAUGACAACGGACUGAAGCUUUUCCUGGAAAAAGAGGAUAUGGAGAGGCUAUAUGAUUUUGAGGAGGAGUGUGUUGAAGGCUAUUUUAGGGAACAAGAAAUAAAAUUAUCAAAUUCUUUAGAAGAGAGAGUUAGAAAUACGACGGACAGAGUAGAGCACAUCACAACUAAAAUGGAAGACUUAAAUCAAAAAGCUAAUUGCCAAAUACAAUCAGUCCAGAGCGUAGAGUUUAGGUUAAGGAAGCUAGAAGACGUGGCGGAACAAACAAUGAAUCACUUAGCGGUGAUACAUCGUUUUAUGGCGACACAUCCCUCCCUCGUCAAUCGCGGCUCCACUGACACCCUGGGACCUCCCCCUCCCACCUUCCAAGCCUGCGGAGCUCGGCUGAGGACCGCCAGCGACCGGUCUGAGGUGCUGUCUGACAGCGACACGGGCGCAGCGCGCUUCAUCGUCCGUCCCGUACAGGAGGAGGACGAGGUCUCACAGCCCUCCCACGAUGAACUUCCGCAAUCCGGGCCGGAAGUUGUCGCUGAGAAGGAACCGGAACCGGAUUCUAUAUCCACCUCUUCCGGCGCAAGCGUUGCAGGACCUGAGGUGACAGUUGUCAAACCAACAGUCAUUACUCCAGCACGUCAACGGUCAUCUGACAGCAACAGAACAGAACCCAGUGAUGAUAAGAAAGUGCCAUCAUCAAAUGAUGACGCUUUCUUACCGGAAGUGCGUGAAAUUCCGCCGGAUAACAACAGCCUUCGUCCGCGUACCACUUCCGCUGGCACACGCCGCACUGCAAACGCCCGACGACGAUCUGAGGGCGGAAAUGAUUGCGGAAUGGGAGGCCCGCAUUCCUCUCAUCACCUGGCACCCAGAAGGCAACACAGCCAGACCCAUUCUGAGCCAGACAAUUCUGCGGUAGAUGCCGGUUCUGUACACAAUUCUUUAACAGGUCGCCAGUCAGGCUGGGAGGCAAAUGGGGCAACUGGUGCACCGUCAACUAGAUCCCGUGUGGGUGGAGCACCACGCUCCCUUCUUCUUGCAAUGCACGAAUACACCAGCAUCACAGAUGAAUUGGAAACCGUGUAUGGACUGUUCUCACCACCACAUACACCAAGAACUCCAAUAGCAACGCGACUACUUUCGCCCGCCCGCCCCACGUCACCAUCAGUUCGCCGUCGACACGCCAGUGAGAUGUCCAAUCCAGAGUUCGCCCUGUUUAUGGAGAAGGAGCAUUUACGUGGUGCUGAGGAAGAUGAUUACAACAUCAUGGAAAAUCUUAUACAGCGUCGCCUAGAAAUGGAGUCUGUCCUGGGCAGAUUCGAGGAAGAGGAGGCCGGUGGGGAGGGGGAGGUGAGCGGCAUCAGCAUCAGCGUCUGCGUCAAUACUAGUGGGGAGGAAACCCGGCAACAGCCUCCCGCUACCACCACGCUACUCACUGUCACUGAUAGGCGCUUGCCGCACCAGAGGCACUCUCUUCGUAGAGCUUCGGCGAUAGAUACCCGUGACUUGCCUUCACCUCUGCAACCACUGCUGGGAGAAGAUGGGUGCGGAGAUGUUCUCUUACCUGUACCGAGGCAGCCUUCUGGCGACACAAACGCAUCGAGUGAUUUAUCACUAUCGCACAUGGUCAGUGAAAACCUCCCUCCUCGACCAUCCAUUGUCCUCGAUUCGUCUCAACUUCCGAGACAACGUUCAGCCGAACAACCGCAGCAACCGCAGCCACCCGGGCCAUCACGGCCAGAGACUAUGUGUUAGGAAUAACCGGUAAUUCUCCAAUUAUUUUACUGGUGAAUAGAACCGAAAUACCGUUUAGCGUGCUGAAAAUGCGCGGCAUUUUUUACUUUUAAAUAGAAAUUGAUAUUUAAAAAAAGUAUUAUAAUAUAGAAGAUGAAGAGGUAAAGAUUUCAGAUUUUUUAAGAUGUUUAAUAUGACAAACUUCUACUUUGAAAUGCUGGUUCACAAUCACAUCACUAUUGAAUAUGAGAAACCUUUCUCACGAUUUGUAAACAAUUUGUAUUUAAACCUUUCAAUAAAAUAAUAUUUACACAAUAUGAAUUAUACCUUUGUGUCAAUAUGAAUAAUUUGACAUUUGUUUUCGAUGUUGACAAGCGACAAGUGCGCAUUGCGGCGAGAGAAAACUACGAAAUUAUUUUCAUCAGUUUCAUGACCCCAAUUUAAAAAAUCUCUACACUCGAAUGAUAUAUCGUUUUUAUAUUAAUUGCCCUACGAAGUCACCCGUUUCUUUAUACUUAAAAUUCUGUUCGGUCCACACAGCAAAAAACAACGUGAGCAACUGCCCAGUCGAGUACACCUCAUUUCGAAUACACCAUUUAACAAUUCAAUUUCCUCUCAUUUUCCAUUCAUUUUAAAUUUUAAAAACCAGGCUAUACCACGUAGGACUGUGAAAUACUCGCACUAAUAUUGCUGUGAAGCUAUAAAUUUCACCGUUUUGCAGUGAGCACGAACAGUUUAUACUCCGAAAGAUGUACACGCCACAUGAGAUUUAGGAAAAUGUAUCUUAUAUGGAUGCAUUAAGGCAUAUUUUAGUAUGCAUUUAAGCGAUGUAAUAUUUGUAAUAGUGACAAGCGUUUCAUUUCCCAUCUACGUGCUAGAUUAGUGAUAGGAAGGUUAAUGAUCUAUGAAGUUUAUCCUAAAGCCAACUCAUGCAAGUCUUUUGAUUAAUAUUUAUUAUGUUUAUUAGAACCCGAAACACAUGAAAUAUUCUUGUACAAGAAUAUGCAUAGAAACCUAAUAUUCAUUUACAUUCAAUUGUCCGAAUUUUGGUUUCAAAUUGAAUUCCCAGAGCUAUGGGCGUUAUCUAUAUUAAUAACUAUUGUACGAGGCAAGGCUGUACAUUUUGCUCACUCAGGCUUUCAGUAUAGCCAGACGUAGGCUUCUCUACUUCGACUGUUACAUUCAUGCAUUCAUUCGUUACAUACCAAUUAACAUUUCAUUAUUUCGCUUAUUGUUAUACGCGAGUGGUUAAUAUAGAGUAAAACUAAAAUCCUCUAAAACACCCCGAUGACCGAGGAACCAUAAAGCAAUUACACUUAAAUACAUUUAUAUUUCUGUCCAUCCAUUAUUAUUUUGCAACCGAAAUAUUGAAUUACUGUCAAGUUGACAUUGUUAUGCAACCUCGUACAUUGUUGUCACGCACAUUCACCGUAACCGAACAUUAUAGUAGACCAUCGCUUACUAUGCUAAAUGGAGAUAUACUCCAGCGCCAUAGAGACCUAUUGAGUUCAGAAGCUUAUAAAAUGAAAUGAAAUAAUUAUUAUAUAAUGUAUACCUUUUCAUCGAAGGGGGAGUAUAGAGUUUCAAAAAAAACUGUUGCAUGGACAUACUUGAGCGCGUCAGAUUUUGAUAGCAUCCAUGUCCUACGUGUUUUUUUUUAAUUUUUAACAUUAUUAUGACGUUUGCUGUUUCUAAUCACACAUAAAUCUUAAUUUAUGACAGAUGUAAUUUCUUAAACCUCAUUUUAGUUUAAAUCAGAGAAACGAAUUGGCGCAUUCCGUCUCCCAACAAUUAACUUUAUUUGAUUUAAUAUGUUUCGUUUCUCGUUUAUAAUCUUUAAAAUCUGAUUUUAAUAUGUUCAUAAUGAUAUACUUUGAUAACGGUCUUAAAGAAUUUUUCAAUAUUCUACAAGUGUAAGAGUUAUUUUAUUCACUUUAUUAAAAUAAAAGUAUUCUUAAUGGGCAAGUAGACCAACAGCUUUCCCUUCCAGACACGCCGUCUAAAUAGAUGACUAGCUUGGCUUACUCCUAGUGUAUAUUUCGUUCUUAUAUUAACAAGAGCAGUGUUAGCCUAGUGGCUUCAGCUUGCGACUUAUAUCCCUAAGGUUGUAGGUUCGAGCCCUGACUGCAUCAAUAGACUUUCAUGUAUGUAUGUACAUUUAACAUUCGCUAGAAUGUUGAACGUAAACAUCACGAGGAAACCGGCUUGCCUUAGACCCAAAAAGUCGACAGCGUGUGUCAGGCAGGCUGAUAUCUACAGAAAUCUGAGGCCCAGACCUUAAAAGGUUGUAGCGCCACUGAUUUAUUUUAUUUAUGGUAUAUAUCACUAUUGUGAAAAGAAUUUACAAUUGCAUUUGCAAUCUCUUUAAACAUUAAUAUGUUCGCUCUUUGAAACUGAAAUUGUUCUUUUUUUAAUUCAACUUUCAUCUAGGUUCAAGUUUUGCCCUCCAGUCUCAAUCUCUUUAAUUAAAGACAAACAUUGCAUGGAACUUUGCGAAGAAAACUUCGAUUUUUACAGACGGUAUUUGACCUACCUUCAGAAAUUUAAAUUAGCAAGUUAGAUUAUAACAGUAAUACAAUAUGAACUUAAUAUUGUGUUUUUAAUUAAUCAAAUAGACCGGAGGCUAACAAACAAAAUCAAUGUUGAAUUUAACAUUACGAACGAAGUGAAUUUAUUUAGUUCACGG